UGAAUGUGAUUUUGUGCUGCUAAAGGAGGGAUCACUGUUGGAUGGGAUUGUUGAUAUAGCGCCUUUUUUGGGAAGGAGGUGGAUGAUUGGAACACCUAUAUUAGGAUGCAGUCAGUGCGCAGCUGCAACUCAACAGACAGAAAAGUUUAAAUUGUGCAUUCCAUGACUGCACAUUUGUUCUCUUUACCUAUUGGCGUGGAUAAUGCACAUUUAUUUGUGUUUAUUUUGAGGAAUUUUCUAUUAGCAGCCGCAAAAAAAUCAAGAACCACACGGAACAACAAGAAAUGAAGACAAUAAUCUUCAGUUUGGUUUGAGAAAAUCUGAGUAAAGUGUCAUCUGUAAAACCUUUAAGGCAUAAUAAAUGUUUUUUCUUAAGUUUUGAUGUGUGUUGCCCCUUUCCCUUUUCACUCAAUCAAUGAUUGAUUUGAGAUCAAGGAGAGGCAGAAAGUGAGGAGAAAAUGUUUGCUUCCCUCUGAACAGCUGCCACAGGGGCCAGUCAUAAAGAGGUAACAAGGCAGGACAGCAUCACAGCUGAAUGCUGGCCUUGUUCGCCUUAUUAUCGGGUUAAUUAAAGCUUGAAUCUGACAAUGUCACCCGUUGUAGAAAAACGGAUUUAAAUGCAGCGUCUCUAGAGACUCUGACAGGAGCUGCUUCUCGAUGAGCUCCUGGGGAGGAUAUGGAGGGGGGGGGGUGUACCCCCCCACACACAUACCCCCCCUCUCCCACACAGACAAACACACAUAUAAAAACACAGCUUUUGAACAAAUAGAUGAUUAUUUUUUAACUUUGAAAGAGAGAAAGACAAAGAUGGAUGAUGAAGAUCAUUUCUGAGGACUUCAUUAGGAUGGAGGGCUGCUCGCAGAAAGGCAGAGGGUUGUUAUUUGGGCUGGGGGGUGGGGGGUCAAGUGACGAGCGGAUUAUAUACUUCCUCAUAAUAAUAUUAAUUAAACAAUUUGCAUGCUAAUAGGGUAACAAUUAUCGCGGCUUCUGUGGAGAGAUUCAGGUUAUUACAACAUGCCAAUCCCGGUGCCAAGGGUCAGGGAACGAGUGCGCCGCGAAAUUUCAACUCUGAUUAACAUAACGACAGCGCCAGACUUGGGUAAAUAAAGUCCAAUUAAUUUUAUUUAUUUUUUAAUUUUCUUUUGGAAAAAGAGCAAAUGGACGGACACAUAUUGGGAGGCAGAGGUUGCAGGAGGAUGAGAUGAAACCUGCAGUUUUUAUCUCUAAAGGUGCCUUAAAAUCGAAUUUAGGUGAUUUAUUUUAAAGUUUUUAUGUGUAAUUUUGUAAAAUAUGUGUAUAAAUAAAGUAUUGAAUAGCCUCUCAAAAUGAAAAAAAAGAUGUCAAAAAUUAUAAUAGUAAUAUAUUCCAUAAAAAAAGUGUUUUUAAGUGAUUCAAGGUGGGGGGAAAGAUGAACUAAUCAAUUAAAAAGUAUUUCUUUCUCUUAGGUUUGUCUAUCAGUAACUUAAAAAAAAUAAAAAUUACAAAAAAGUAAUUAACUUUGUGAUCUUCUUCAUCUCUUUGCAGGCUCUGAUGUCCCGGAGCUUAUGGCCUGAUCCAUCCGCGCGCGCUGCCUCCUCUUGCCGGGGAGCCGCGAGCCCUCCCUCCCGGUGAGUCCCCCCGUGUAGCUGCGAUGUAGUUCUUAUCAAAGCCCCUCUGUCUUGUUGUGACAGCUCUGAUAUUGUUUAUUGAGGUGGAUGUCAGCUUUAAUUAGCAAUCGAUACGGGGAGCGUCCGCCGAGCGCGUCUCUGACGUCAGCGCCCAUUACCGUUUCUCAUUGGGUCUCAUGUUCCCGGAGCCUGGGCUAAUUAUUGGGAGGUUCAUGUGGAUAAAGUACAGCUCAUCCUUGCCUCCACAUCAUGUCCCCCGCUCGCCGGCCACACUCGCUGCAUGCUUUUUAACCCAGCGGCCUCCAGUCGUCGUCUCCUUUCGCCUGCGGGAUGAUGGACAGCAGGAUACUGGAUCCGCCUCACGCCCAGUUCGGAGGCUCCCUCGGCGGGAUGGUGGGCUUCCCAUACCACCUCAGCCACCACCACGUUUACGAAUUAGCCGGGCAUCAACUUCAGUCUGCGUCCGCCGUUCCUUUCUCAAUAGACGGAUUACUCAAUGGCUCGUGCGCGGCGUCAGUGGGCAAUUCCAAUCCCCUCUUGUCUUCGGGCUGCGGAAUGAAUGGGGAGAACCAGCAGUACAAGCUGACAGACUCGGGUGAUCCAGACAAAGAUAGUCCAGGCUGCAAGAGGAGAAGAACUCGCACCAAUUUCACUGGAUGGCAGCUGGAGGAAUUAGAAAAGGCUUUUAAUGAGAGUCACUAUCCGGACGUGUUCAUGAGGGAGGCGCUGGCCCUGCGACUGGAUUUGAUAGAGUCAAGAGUUCAGGUCUGGUUUCAGAAUCGCAGAGCCAAAUGGAGGAAAAAGGAGAACACAAAGAAAGGUCCAGGUCGACCUGCUCACAAUGCGCACCCCACCACGUGCAGCGGGGAGCCCAUGGACCCGGAGGAGAUCGCCCGGAGAGAGCUGGACAGGCUGGAGAAGAAGAAGCGCAAGCAGGAGCGCCGGCUGCUCAAGUCCCAGAACAAGCUGGCUUCUGGGGAUUUAUUUCACACCCCCGGAUCAGACAGUGACAGCGGGGUGUCACAUGUUACCGACAGCGACCACAACACUGGACCACCCUAUGAUUCUGUGGGGGGACACACGUCGAACUGCGACCAAGCACCUCACCCUCUGCAGACCCAAAACCACAACCAAAGACACAUCGACCGGGAUGCUGGGGGGUCCGAGCUGGACUCGGCCGACCCAGGCCACCGGUCAAGCCUGUGCUCCAGCAACAGCAGAGCGUCCAACCUGCAGAAACUCAACCCUUUCAGCGUCGAGAGCCUCCUCUCGGACUCCAGACCGAGACGCACCCCCGCGGCCUUACCGUCCUCCCGGCCUUUGAUAGGGAAGGGUCAUUUCCUGCUCUACCCCAUCACCCAGCCGCUUGGAUUCAUUGUUCCACAAACUGCACUGAAAACCACCACAGCGAGCUGCGACGGCGACACGGACAGAAGCCAGGCGGGCGUGCGCUGCAGCGCGCCAGCAGCGAGCCCUUCGGGCUGCAGGAGCGGCUCGCCGGGCUGCGCGGACGCGCCGCAGAGCAAGGCGCAGACGGGGUCCGAGGAGGCGCAGCCGAGCUCUGCGCACACGAGCCCGAACAGAUGCGCCUUUUCCACGGGCAAGCACACCUCCGCGGGCUGCGGCGAGUCCGCUCACGAACACAAACUCCUAAUCGAUCCAGACAAAAAAGAGCUUUUAGUGAACAAGGACCUCCCCGAUCAUCAGCCCGAGCUCGUCCUCAGUGACUGUCCCCAAACAAACUCUGAGGAAGACGUGGAAUAAACCAGCGAGGGGGUAAAAAAUAGCAGAAACAUCCCAAAAUAGCCUCUUAAAGACAGGCCAAAGCUCAAUCAUGCAGGUUUCCUCCCUUAAAUUCUGCAGACAUGUGACUCCAUGUCUUUCUUUCUCUGCGAGGAGUAGAUAUCCUUUAAUGUGUGUCAAAAAGAACAAAAAUCCUCCAGAGCUGUAAGAAAGGUAUCAUACUAUUUAUAUAUGUAAGGUUUUUCUUAAAUAAAUCUAUUGUAUACAAGCUUCUGAACGCAGGACUGCAGUUCCAAUAGUUCUUCCUUAAGAAAUCUCAUGUUGUACUUUGUAUAUUGCCUUAACAAAUUUAUUCAUCUAUAAGCCACCGCUUAAAUGAGGUUAUGAGCCUGAGGCGAAAAGGACCCGCUCGACUCCUGCAGAGUUUUGAUAUGAAAGUAAUUAUUUUCCCGGUGGCUACUGCAGAGGGAUUCAGUUUAUUUUAGCUCAAAGGGGGUUAUAAUACAUUACCGAUUUCUAGUGAUAUGAAAUCACAUAAACUUCCAAGAAUAAUAGAAUUAGCAUGAAAAGGCCUGGGUGUCAAAUUGAAAUAGGAAAAUAAUAGCCCCCGCAGCUGUGAGUGUGUGUUUGCGCAUAUUGGAAAGGAGAUUCGUGGGGAGGCAUUUUCAUGAGCUUGUUUUUUCUGGGGUUUUUUUUUCUCAACCCCCCCAUUUUUCCCUCCUUUCUUGUAGCAGGGGUAUAUUAAGAUAGAUGUUCGAUGAUAUCCCUCAUUGUUCUGUCGCUUUACAUUGAUGUUUCGGUGUUAUCAGCCUAUUGAUCACGCGUCGGCUGUAAUAGGACGGGCUGAGGCAAACGUGCCUAUUUACAAUAGCAGAACACAUUUGUUCUAAUAGGGUUGCUCGUCCCUGGGGAGGCCGCGCAGGAUCUGGGACAUCUGCUCCCCUCCUGCAAUAUUAGCGGUGCUGACCAUAAUAUCAAGGGGAAAAAAAAGGUGGUGGUGGUGGGGAAGAAAAUAUGAAAGAAAGAGGGGAAGAAAAUCAAUUCCAGCUUUAUAUGUAGAGUCUUGUUAUAAACCGAGCGCCCUUAGUGAUCUCUUUUUGGGUCUUGAUUUGCAAAUAAAUUGAAAAUAAUCAGAGGGGUGAGCUUUAUGCCGUCUGAGCCGACGCAAAUGAAUUUCUGAGCCAGUGUCCCCUUUCAAAAUAUUUACAUAAAUUUCAACCCGUGUUUGCUCUAGGAAGCAAUGUCUUAUUAGGUCGGUGUGGGGGGAGAGAAGCUGGCAUGCGCACUGCGCGCGCAUAAAAAUCAGGCCCUGCGUGCGUAAAGCUGAAGGUUAAAGGUGAUUGUGCUAGCUGAGACACAGUCCCCUCUUAUUGUGCCUUUUUUAUUUUCCAAAAAGCCACACGUUUUAAAGCCUGCUGUUGUUUUUAUUUAAUUAUUACUACUUUAAAAAAACAGGUUUCAUUUACUAAACUGUGAAAUAAUUCAUAAAACCGUUUAUGUGUUUUUUCCCUCUGUUUGGGACGCAUGCCCAGUUCAUCCAUAAUUCAUUAGCGCGUAGAAUAGGAGUAUCGCUGGCUCCACAUUGGUGGCCUAAAGGUGAAAUUAGCGAUUUGCUUAAGUAGUUAAGCUUUUCUUGCCUGAAGAGCUGCAUGUUUCAAGAAAAAAAAAAAAAAAACUAUCAAUCGAUAUGCCCAGGCUGCCUCUAGGAAAUGUGUCGCCCAUGAAUCAUACUUUAUGAAUUCAAUUUAUACCCGGAGAAAUUUUCAAUUUGAACGCCUGAUCAUUAUGGGAGAGUGUAAAUUGUUUUUGCUCUAUUAUGCAUCGGACGCCAUCAUUUUUCUUUCUAAUUACGGAGGUGUCAGGUCGGGCUGUCAUGCAGACGCUGAUUUUCAAUUUAACUGAUCAUCGUGCAUUCAUUUCCCCAUUUGAUAAAUCUGCUAUCUCGACGCUUCCGCAUGCCCGGAAUGCUAAAAGAGAGGCACAGAUUGGCAAAGUAAUAGGGGCCUGUAUGCGGCAAUAAGUGCAGAUCAGGCAGCUAAUUUAGCACCUCCUGGUAUUUCCAUUUCCAUUUCUCAUUUCCAACUCUCAAAGGAGGAAAAGCAGCCCAAAGGCAGGGAGCUGCUGGGCUUUUCAUAUCGAAGAAAGACAGAGAGAAAAAUCUACCGAAACGGCUUGUUUUCAGCCUCACACCUCUAAAUUAGAAUAUCAAGCUUAAUUAAGGCUAAUAGAGUUUUCUCAGUGUGUGUUAGUUUUAUUUAAUAGAAACAAAUUUGCGCAAUUAAUUAUGAGCAGGAUAUUAGGAGUCUCAUUUGCAGCAUUCAGGCUGCAGCCUAAAUGAGCAUCUUCAGGAAUAAGCUUCUCAUUUCCAAAGCAAAUGUUUUCAAUCACAUCUUCUUACUUUUCACAUUAUGUGCAAGUAAACUUGGAUGGAUUAGGAGCGUUGCGCACGUGGGAAGAAUUUUCCUCUUUGUUUUAAUCCAAAAAGCAAGAAAAAAACCUUUCAAAUCUGCUGCCUUUAUGACUAAAAAUUAUUUUUUAUUUAUGAUUUAUAAUGCUUUGUUGGUGCACACAUUUUUAAAUAACAGCGACGGGGAGGGAUUUACAAGCUUCGUGCGCAAAAUCAACUUAAAUGGACAAAUGUUGCUCUUCAAGCCACGUGUGUGCGCGUGCAGCUCUUUGUGUUUCUGGAUGAGAUCUUAAAGUCUCUGAGGGCUCAGUUUGGAUAAGAAAGAACCGUGUUAAAAAAAGGAUCCUCCAUGAAAUAAAAUGGCACUUGACAUUUGGCUUCUCCUGCAGCAACUCUGCCAUGCCUUUUAGGAUUAUUUUACAUCUCAUACUCAUUAAUGCGCCGGCGGAUUUAAUCAUUCUUAUCUUUCCUGUGCAUACCUGGGAUAAGCCUGAAAUUACCAUCUGCAUUGAUUUCUGAGCAGCCCUUAAAAUAAUUUUAAUUAUCUCAGGGAA